GCUUCUGACAAAACAACCCGAGCUUAAGCCCAGUAAGCCACCCCCACGCUCCGCCACUGGAUAAUCAUAUGUGCGGGCCAGUUUAUUACUACCUGGAUCUGCCUGGAUCUAUUUAUAGUCUGAUCAGUGACUCAGCAGAGAAAGUGCUCUGCAGUAAAUGAUAUAAGUGCAUGUUAUGAUUUCAUGCUGUGAGUAGUCUGUGAGCAUAGCAGAAAUAUACAGCCAUGUGUCAUUAGCACAAUUUUUAAGUAUAACCAGUAAUUAAUAGCUAUGUUUUAUGAAAAUCUCCAAAGACAUGACCAACAAAAUCGUUUUCAUCCAUGAUUCAGGGAGGUAAUUAACAUGCAUUGCUGCAUGCUCAGCCCACAGCUCACCUUUGCUUUUGUAUUCCUUAAAUCCUGCAGACAGCAUGCUUCCUGGUGACUGCACUACUUCAUCUCUUAUUCAUGGCUUCUUUUUCCUGGAUGCUGGUGGAGGGCUUGCUACUGUGGAGUAAAGUCGUGUCUGUCAAUAUCAGCGAGGACCGCAGGAUGAAAGUCUACUAUGUCAUUGGCUGGGGUGUGCCUGUUCUGGUUGUUGGGGUAACCCUGGUGAUAUCCAUGGACAAAUACAAAGCAGACGAUCAUUGCUGGCUCAAUGUGAAGACCGAUACAAUCUGGGCCUUUGUGGGACCUGUGAUAUUUGUCUUGACAGUCAAUGCGGUUGUGCUGUGUCGGGUUGUCAUGGUGACUGUUUCCAGCGCUCGUCGCCGUGCUAAGAUGCUCAGUCCAAGCUCAGCAUCAAAGAUGCAGACCUAUGACCUUACCUGGGCUGUGACCCGUCCAGUUCUGAUCCUGCUGCCUGUCCUGGGUCUGACCUGGCUGUGUGGCGUGCUUGUUCAUCUGUCUGUGGUAGUUGCCUAUAUUUUCAUUGCUCUCAACUCCUUCCAGGGUCUGUACAUCUUCUUAGUCUAUGCUGUUUACAACAGUGAGGUGAGGAAUGCCAUAAAGAGGAUCAAAGAAAAGAGAAAGGCCUUAUCUUUCACGAACUGCUCCCAGCCAACCAGCUUCCUACCUUCUCAGAGGACCCCGAUCACUUCCUGGGGCCACAGCCUACCGACGACCUCCAGCCCCGAGACCAGUGAGACGUCUGUACCUGCCGGCACUACUUCCACAUCCAUGGUCAUCAAGAACGGUGGUACAGCUGACGGGGUUCAAGCCAUCAGGUUGUUGAACUACAAAUGGAGUGGAACCUAUACUCAGUAUCUACACACGCAUCUUCAUCAUCAUCAUGAUGCUGAAAAAUGGAUGAAGAUGAAGCCCCGAUGCCGUCACUGUCCUCUUCUCAGAUCUCAUCAGAAUCCGUCUGAUAGUUUACUCAUUUGAUGUCUGGCAAAUGUUGGACUGAAGAGGCUUUUAAAUCCCAGGACACGCAGUCCACACACAAAAAUGUGCUCUGUUCACUGUUGUUGCUCCAGAACAAUGUGCCCAUGUUUUUCAGUUCAAAGUGCAAAAUCAGAAGCAGGUUUUACGACCUCACACUUAACUGUGAGCAAAUCCAAUGUCCCAUAGGUGACCCGCAGCGCAGCGAUAGAUUCGAUCAUUCCAUCUUUUGCUAAUUAGAGAAAAGGGCACAAGUGCGAUGCCAGGGAUUUUUAUCCAGGUAAUUGAACAUUUUAAUUUUAAAAAAUCCAAGCAGAAUAGAGCCAACACCAAAGUGCCUAAGACUGCAGUCUCUCCACGUGACACUCGAGGCAGGCUCCAAAUCCAAAUCAGUCCCCGUAAACUCGACAGCAUUAAAAAGCAUGUUUACAGCCUGAUGCUGCUUUUCCUGACAGGCACCUGUAACCAACAGGUGUGUGCUAACUCCUCCCCCAUCAGCGUUAUCUGACAAAUACUGCGUGGGGCAGUGUGCUCCAUUUUGGUCGCAUUUAUUAGUCUGUCUUCAGCUAAGCACUAAUUAGCGCAUAUCUGUGGAUGGGGCCUGCACAGAACACCAGCACGAUCCCACCCGAAACAUUCAGGCUGCAAAAUACAGAAAACACGAGGAAGCGUGUCCAUCUUUUAUAUACAGGUGCAUAUAAUCCGACACAAAUUAGUGAUGUUUCGUUUUUGUCUCGGGAGACCUUUGAGUUUGUGGCCACUUGUUUAAAUGUCUGUAGAAAUAUUUUGUCACAGUAACCUUCACCCAAAUAACAUCAGCUCGGAGGUGUUUGGCGGUGCUCCUGUUGUCAGUCAGUUAGAGCUUUUUCCAGGUUUCUGUGAUUGCAGAUCUAAAGUACCUCCCUGAAAACUAUUCCAGGGAAUUCUGCAUCAUAUUCAGGAAACAACAGGAACAACUGGAAGCUGCUGCCAUAAUGAAUUUCUAAUACAACCAUGUGCAAGUGUCUUUGUAUAUGGGAUGGUUAUCUAAUCAUAUUUCCCAUUUAGACACAUGUAGACAUGUUGCGCGCUCUCAUUCAUUUAAAUCUCAUGCACAGUAAAUGCCAGGCUUCAUUCUGCUUCCUCCUGCCCACAAGUUCAGUGGAAAUAGCUCCGAAUCAGGCUUAGCAUUAAAGAUGAGAAAAAGGAACAGAUUCAGCGGACCACUCAGAUUAUUAAUGUGGGUUUAAUGUUCAUAAAGUAAGACUGUAGACGUACAGUUCAACAUGUGGAGUGUAAAACACAGAUUUGUACUGACCAGAUCUCAACAAACAAGUGGAGCAAUGAGUAUGUUUGUGUCUGGCUCGUGUUAUUUGCCACAGUAACUGUGUGCUCGUGUAAUUUGUUCUACAGCAACAACGGUCUCAGUAUGUGGAGGGGAAAUGAUCAAAAUACUGUUCAGAUAUCAAAGUAAGAAUUUGACAUGUUUUUAUAAAUCGUGCAUAUUUAGAGAUUAUGUAGUUGGACAGUAGAGGAAGACAGUUUCUGUUCUGGCAUCCUUAAUCGCUUAAUAUCCACCAGAUCAUUGGCGACCUGUCUGUGAUUAAAUUAACAUCUACACCUUUAAAUAGAAUUUUAUUUGAAACGCCAACAGAAGCUUUAGACAGAAACAUGUUGUUUGUCUAGUCUGCCUGUUUAGCAUGUGGCUAACAAACAAACCCUAGACAGGUCACUGAUCAGCUGGUAGAUGUUGGGAGGUUAAAAAUAUUUUUUAAAUGCAUAAAUAAAAACAUCUUUAAAAGACAUGCUACCCUUUGGAAGAACUGUCAGUAUAACUGUUGUAUAUUUCAAACCACUGACAUUCCUGUCAGGAUGUCACUCGUGUUUUACAACAUAACAUGACUGACGGGAAUAUUUCCACAGUGAGACAACGCUCUGUGCCUUUAGUGCAAAGCUGAUGAAUGUUGUGUAAAAACAGCCAACACACCAAUCGAGCUUUACUUCAUUGAUUUUUUUUAUUGGUUUGAUGCUGUUACAAUAAAAUAUAUUUAAAAAACAAAAACAGAUUUUGGUCACUCUCUCUUUGAGGAGAAAAGCACUUCAGUUUAAGACAGGAC